AUGGCGACAAACAAGCAGCUAAUAGAUAAAUGUAAAUCAUUGUCGUCAAAAGACAUAGUUAGUUGGCUCAAGUCUGUUGACACAUGUAAUCUAAGUGUUAAAUGUGCUGAUAGUUCCUACAGAAGUAUAAUAAAAAGAACUGAAGUUAACUUCAGAAAUCUGAAAAAAUCUGAACAUAAAAGUGAGGUUCAUAGACGUGAAUUAGAAAAUUUUUUAAAUGAAGAUCUUAAAUUCCCCAAACGUUCAUCAUUUGAUAGAGUACAGAAGAAAGAUCCAGUAGCAUGUGACAACAGUUGUUCAUACGCAAAUGUGUCUUACAAUUUAGCAAGCCAACUCCACCAAGCAAAAACUGAAAAUGAACAACUAAAAAAUGAAUUAAGAUUGUUGAGAAAGUGUAAAGUGUCAAAAUCAACUGUAGAAAAUAUGAAAUCUGAACUUAAAAACCAAAACCGACAAGUAAAAAGUUUAAAAUUUAGAUUAAACAACAAAAGCGCUGAACUAAAACGUGUUAGGUUAAGGCUUGCACGUAGCCAGAAAAAAAAUGAGAAACUUAGUCAGACAGUUGUUGAGAAAGAAAUGGAGAGCAAUGAAAUAAAGCAGGUCAAUGAACAAUUGAAUGCUAGCUUUCAGGAGAAUGAAGAUGUAAUCAGAGACUUACCCUUAAAUGUACCAGCUAGUAUUAUCAACCCAGUUAUAAAGUGUGUUUUAAAUUUGAUUGAUAAACAAGUAGACAAACUCCCUACACGUACUACAGUGUUGAAUAUGAAUGUUGAACGUUUGAUAUUGUCACAAAAACAAAUGAAUGAAACUCUAAUAGAUCAACCCAACUUGACUCUGUAUACAGAUAAAACUACUAAAUUUGGUACCAAGUAUUCAGGGUAUCAUGUCUCGGACACAGAUGGAAAAACAUAUGUAUUAGGAAUGCGUGAAAUCGUCACAAAGUCAGCAGCAGACACUCUCUCAGCUUUUCAGCAGAUCUUGGGGGAUAUUGAAGAUCGGACAAAAGAAGCGAAUCAAGCUGCAAAACGUGUUUUGGCCAACAUAACAGCAACCAUGAGUGAUAGAGCUAGUACUGAAAAAAAGUUUAACAGUCUACUAGAGGAACUUCGUACGUCCAUUCUUCCUGACUUGAAUGAAAACUGGGAUGAACUGUCACCGGCUGAUCAGAUUGCGGCAAGUAGUCUGCUGAAUUUUUUCUGUGGUUUACAUGGGUUAGUACACUUUGCUGACUGUGCAAAUAAGAGUGCCGUCUCAGUGCAGAAAGGACUUCUUGAAGAGCAACUCAUCUAUGAUAAGUCAUUUCAUAAACAAAAUGAGUCUGGUGCCUCAAGACUUACAAGAACUGUUUGCAAAGCACUAGCACGUGGUGCUGAUGAAAAAAAUGGGAAAUAUAGUGAGUUUAACAUUUAUGUCAAAGACUUCCUUAAGGAAAAUAACAUGUGCUCAUUGCCACUUACGCCUUUCAAGGGAAAUAGGUUUAAUAUUCUCUUUGAGAGUUCAGCUGCAGUGUUCUUUCUACAUGAUAAAAUCAAACUCUUCUUGGAGGACAAUCAGUCGAACAAUUUACUUAAGUCAGUUUUGUAUGACUUGAAUGUUGUAGAGUAUCUAGCUGGCGUAAAGGCAUUCGGACUCAUCAGUAGGUUUGUGACAGGUCCACUUUGGUCUUUAUUAGAAGAUAGAUCAGUGCAUGUAUUUGACAUGAACGAACAUUAUGUUGAAUUUGUUAUCUUUUUAUAUGAAGCAGUUGAUAAUGUUGAUGCAUUCAUGAAAGGUGAAACUGAGCUAUUCAAUGCUGUCCAUAAAGAUGCUAUCUAUGAGUCCCUCAUUCAGGAAUGGGAACAUGACGAUCAUGUGGCUGUCUAUCUAAACAUAAUGCUCCCAGCUAUGGCAGAAUGCGCGAAGAAAAUGUAUGCUGAUCAUCUACCAGGUGGAAAAUGGGAUGAAGUCACACCUGACAUGAGACUUAAAGCAGCUUCAACGCAAAAGCACAACAAGUUCGCAGAGUCAGUGUUUGGUUACCUUGACAAUUUGCUACGUAAGAAGCCUAAUAUAAGUGUUUUGGCCAGUGAAGCAUACAUUAUGUUUACGGCUAAUAAAACGGAACAGUGGAUUGAAAGCAAGACAGAGGAAGAAAAACUAGUGCUUGUUAAUGAAGCUAUUAAGGAAAGUCAAACAGUAAAGGAAAACUUUACAAGACGAAAGGCUGAAAUUCAACAAAAGCAAAAGGAAGGAAUGGCAGAACGGGCAAGAAUGGCUGCAGAGAAGGAAGCCCGUCGAGUUCAAAAAUUGACAGAUUACACAAGUGACAUUAUUAAUUUUGGUCUAUGGCAGUCUGAGGAAGAAGUGGACAGAGAACUUGGUGAUAUUAACAGCAAAACUGUGAAGAUAAAUGCCCUUAAGGCUCAGUUAAACUUCCGGAAAAACGUUCUUAAACAAAACCCCACCUCUGAUGAUAUGAAAAAUGUGUAUCGAUUCUCAAAAAAUGAAAAUCAAAGAAACCAAAAAUUGAGUGUUGAUGAACUGGCUGUGAAUUUGAAAAAACUGGUUCAGCAUGCUUUCACUAUAGAGCCACAGAGGAAUGAUGAAGAUGAACAGCGACGGGCAUUGCUGGUUGGGAAGACUGUAAAACACAAGUUUAUUGAAGAUGGAGACGAAAAAUGGUGGAAGGGUACAGUUAUAUCACAGGUAUUCAUAAAUGAUUGGAUGUACUUUAGAAGCACACACAGUGACUGGUGACAACCAUAUCCAACUCUCAACACGUUUUUACUUUAAAAAAUAUAAUAAUAAUCUGGUUAAUUCCAUCAGAUGCAUGUUUAACACCCUAUUUCUUCCCCCCACACACUAAUUAUUUACUUUGGUAAUGGUAAUAGUUAACACUAUAUUAAAAAAUUAGAGCAAUUGCACCCAUUUGCAGUGCUUAAAAUUAUGGUUAAAUUUUUAUUAUUUUUUUUAACAAAAGUCUGGACAGACAGGUUGGAUUACUUGCUAUAAUACUCAAACAUUUAGAAUUGACUUUAUCAAAGGUACAUCAAACCUGUGUAUAAAGACCACUCAAGGCAAUAGUCAGAAGCAGUCUAUUUUGGUCAUGAUGUGUUUAUUGAUACAAUUUAGUAGACACAAAUAAAAUUUGUCAUUAAAAUUGUGUUCGUUGUAGACAGGUGGUCUUUCUUCAAAGGUGGUCUUUAAGCACAGGUAUUAACAUAUUUGACAAAGUGAAGUAUUUAUUACAGUAUCAGUAAUUUCUUUUUAAUGUACUUAUCUAAUUU